GCAAGAAAAAUCCAAGAAUCAAGCCAAUAUAUGCCCGUUUCAAAUGUUCAAAAUUCUGCAUGACGAGCGGGCUCAAGGGCAUGGAUCCCGACCUGCUCGAUAGCGUUGCACCUCCGGCUAGUAAUCACCAUUCCGCGCGGCAGGACGGGUACAAGGACGGCAUCGCAAGCUACGUCGCGGUAGACAACAUCAUCAAUCCGCGGAGGCGAAGCACCAUGGCAUCUUCCCGAAAGCGGGCUGUGGCAAAGUAUCACCGAGAUCGGGGGGCGCUGCCGCUCCUUGCUCUUCGAUGUGGAGUCCCAUCCUUGAAGGCAUCAAAUGGCCCAAUGGCUCCAUCAUCGAUUUUACAAGAGCUCGCGCACAAAAUCUUGAGCCUCAAGCUACGAUCAUCGUCUUCCAGGCCGCCGUCUCCUGCCCCAGGUGGUCCCUGUUAUAGCGCCGCUGCGCGUCAUAUGCCAGAUAUUCACAGCAUCCAGAGGAACCAAGAAGGACGCGUGGGACUGUUGGUUGGAUUUCGAGGGAUUUCAAACCGCUAUUCUCGGCAGGCAGAAUUCGACGAGCUAAGCGACGAUGACCAUUACUCUCGCGCAGCUUCAGCGACAUACGAAGCCAUUCUGAGCAAAGUGAACCAGCCAGUCGAGGACGCGGGUGUAGCCGCGGCGCCAACAAGCGAUCGAGAGAUCGCACGAGGCACGACGCUCUACCGUAUCGCUCGCGCGUAG